AUGAGAUCAUCUACCUCUUCGUCGCAAGGCAGUCACUUCAAACGAAGCUACAACACAAUGCUUGAGGCUGAUGCUGACUCUCACGGACCUUCUCGGAGUGAUCAGCAUGGCAAGAGACGUAUGACCGACCUGCAGACUGUGAGGGCCCUGCUUUUGGAUCGACAUUGGGUCGACUGCUUGAAUUGCACAAAGGCACGCAACCACACGGCCUGCCUUAGCCCUGCGGCCGAUACGCAGCAGUGGAUCUGUGAGAGAUGCAGGAGGAUCAAGAAGGCGUGCAGCAGCGGUGUUUGGCUGAAGAGGUCGAACGUUCGUGCAUACCAGGAGCUUUUGCAUAAAGGCGUCGACGUUGAACAUGCGGAUCAGAUGGUGUUUGGAAAGAUCUCUGGUCUUCUUGGCGGUCCGCUCGACAAGCACAAGGAGUAUGGCUCCGCUCCUCCGCAAGAGAGCUUUAACGAGAACCUUUUGGGGCCCUUGUACUCUGCAGGCACGACACAACUUUCUCCUGGUAUGGCUUACCCGCCGCCGACAUCGCAGUCCUCGCUUGAUGUCAAAGACCUAGACAGAGCCCUUGUGGUAUUCCAACGGGAGCGAUUCGUUCACACGCCGUCGGUCAAGAACGAGUCUUCCAUUGCUGGGUCUCCUAACGCGCCAUCAGACAGCACAUCAACGAAGCCUACGACGCAGUUGUACUUCCACAAGGACAACUAUCAUGUGGUGCCGCUUGUUCCAAUCAAAGACAUGCGGGAACUGCGUCAACUUUUCAGCGACGUCAGGACAAUUUACCUGGAGAAUUGGAUUGAAAGUCGGAUUCUUGGCGAGCGCGAGCAGCCAGACGUUCAGCGUCUCGAGCAGUUGAUCCGCAACUACGAUCAAAGGUUGGGAGAAGCGCUUGGCAUUCCCGGCGAAAGGCGCUCUCGAUGA